CCUAACAUCACAAAAGGAGGGAGGGUGGCGUUACUGACCAGCAAACAUGAAGGUGGGGAGAUAACUUCAAUCCACCCAUGUCUGUAGGGCAGAACAUUUUGUUUAAUUACGGCUCCUUAUGGUUUAGUGGGAUGCCACGAACUUAUGGUAUUGAAGCUGAUCUAUUCACGCAAAAUACCUCUUUAAGUCGUGUUACGAACGUUGAAUUGGUUUCACUUCCUACCCAGAAAUCCUAUUACAAGCAAACUAGACAAUUCGCUAAUAUACGAAGCCGGUAGGACUCUAAUUUAUGGACGAGCCAAUCAGAGGCGUUUAAGGAGCUUCAAGGUCACGGCGCUAAGUUUAAUGCGAGAUGCUCACAUUCGAUCGUUUUACAGCAGAUUUUAGAGAAGAGGUGAUUGUUGAGAGACUACAGCAGAUGGGACUAUUGAGAAGUUCCUGUGUUUGUGACUGCGGCAAUCAAAUGACCGCAGCACGAUGUGCUGACUACCGUGAUGACAUUGUAUUUCGUUGUACUUUAUGUUGGAGAAAAAAAAUCUGCUCGAACUGGCACUUUUUUGCCCGGUCACGGCUAAGGCUAAGACAAAUCAUGAUAAUCGUUGCAAAUUGGAUCAUAAAGUCUCCAGUAACAUUAUCUGCGGCUUUUGCAGAUGUUACGGAAACUUCCGCCGUUCAGUGGUAUGAAUAUUGUCGUGAUAUAUGCGCAAUGAAAAUGACACAAGUACAUGAAUCAUUUGGAGUAGUUGAAAAGAUAGUGGAAAUAGAUGAGGCGGUAGUUAGAAAGCGAAAAUACAAUAAAGGACGUUUUAUCAAGGAAGAUUGGGUACUUGGGUUUUACGAUCGUUCAACUCAAAAAGGACACUUUCAAAGAGUAAGAAACCGUCAGGUAACGACAAUCAUACCAAUCAUCAAGGAGUACGUUCAACCUGGCACGACGAUCUAUACCGAUGACUGGAAAGCGUAUAGAUGCCUCUCGAGACUUGGUUUUGUGCAUCAUGUUGUGGUGCACAAACGUCAUUUUGUUGAUCCAACGACUGGGGUCCAUACAAACAAUAUUGAAGGCAUGUGGUCAAGUCUGAAGUAUUUUUUAAGACCUUACGACGGCUCCAGAGGACGAUUACUAUGGAGCCAUAUGGACGAGUUCUUAUACCGCAUGCACUAUGAUUUCAAAACUUCCGAACCUUUAUCAAACCUCAACAAGUUCGUAAAUCAUGUAAAAGAAGAAUAUCCAUUGUAAUUCACCAGUUUUUUAUAAUAUAUUUUUACUUUAUA